GCAUCACUUCCUCUGUGCCCGCCCGCUCUCAUCACCAGUAUCCUCCGACUUCCCUCUCUGUUGAUUCCAAGGAUCGUGGAUUGGCGAUCUGGUUUGAAUCUGUGCGCCCGUGAGAUCUGAUUCGAGGGCCGAGUUUGAUCGGCGUAAAGCGGGAGUUUAUUUUGCUCUCUUGUUCCUGUUGUUGUGUUGUUUGGAUCGCGCGGACAUGCGGCGGAGGGCGGCCGAGUUCCGGCGCCCGGCCAGAAGGCGGCUCUCCUACUGGAUCUGCUUGCUCCUCGGCGUCUUUGUCGCCGCGGGGUUCGUCCUCUUCGUCUUUCAACACCAUCAUCAAGAUCGGCUCGAGCCGCCCGUGAGGGACAAGGUUCCAGCUGAUAAGGAAAUCCCUCAUGAAACACAAAACCUUGGCCAGGAACUGUUAAAUACUACUUCCUUUGCCAGACAACUUGCUGACCAGAUGACACUAGCCAAGGCAUAUGUAAUCAUAGCCAAGGAGCAUAACAACCUUCGGCUUGCUUGGGAGCUCAGCUCGCAGGUAAGGAAUGGUCAACGGUUGCUCUCUCGAGCAGCUGUCAGAGGUAAACGAAUCACUCUAGAAGAAGCACAUCCGAUAGUCAGUCGACUAGCACAUCUUAUAUAUAAGGCCCAAGAUUCCAAUUAUGAUAUCAGCACAAUGAUAACAACACUGAAGAGCCACUCCCUUGCUCUUGAGGAGCGUGCAAAUGCAGCAACUGUGCAGAGUGCAGAGUUUGGUAAAUUAGCUGCAGAAGCCAUGCCCAAAAGUCUCCACUGUUUAAACAUAAAACUCACAGAGGAGUGGUUUAGAAAUCCAUCUUAUAGACAACUAUCAGAAGAGGGAAGGAACUUGCCUCUACUUGUUGACAAUAAUCUAUACCAUUUGUGUAUAUUCUCUGAUAAUGUACUGGCAACUUCUGUUGUCGUGAAUUCCACAGCCUCUAAUGCUGAUUAUCCACAGCAGCUUGUGUUUCAUGUGGUCACAGACAGUAUCAAUUACCAAGCUAUGACUACUUGGUUUCUCAGGAACGAAUUCAGAGGAUGUACAGUCGAAGUUCUAAGCAUCGAAGACCUAGUUUGGUUGAAUGCAUCUUUCUCUCCAAUGGUCAAAAGAAUAAUGAGUGCUGAAACCCAGGCUUCUUACUUUGCUGGUAAUUCAAAAGAUCAGAGCAGGGAAACAAAGUUGAAGGACCCUAAUUAUGCUUCUUUGUUGAAUCACUUGCGCUUCUACAUCCCACAGAUACAGCCACAGUUGGAAAAGGUGGUGUUUCUUGAUGAUGAUGUGGUGGUACAGAAGGAUUUAACCCCUUUGUUCUCAGUGGAUUUGCACGGGAAUGUUAUUGGAGCUGUGGAGACUUGUCUAGAAGCAUUCCAUAGGUUCUACAGGUAUCUCAAUUUCUCCAAUCCAAUCAUUAGCUCAAAAUUUGAUCCACAAGCAUGCGGAUGGGCUUUUGGGAUGAACGUCUUUGACCUCGUAGCAUGGAAGAAGGCAAAUGUUACUGACAAGUAUCACUACUGGCAGGAGCAGAAUGCUGACCGGAUGCUCUGGAAGACAGGGACUCUUGCUCCUGGCCUUCUGGCAUUCUAUGGGCUGAUGGAACCCCUUGAUCGAAGAUGGCACAUACUCGGAUUGGGUUAUGACUCCAGUGUCGAUGAUAGGUUGAUUGAGAGUGCGGCUGUGGUGCACUUCAAUGGGAACAUGAAGCCGUGGCAUAAAUUAGCUAUAAGCAAGUAUAAGCAUUUAUGGGAACAAUACGUCAAUUUAUCUGAUCCAAUUAUUAAAGAUUGCAUAAUGCACUGAGAUGUGGAUAAUUGCCUGUUCUCUUUUUGUGUCCUCUGUCAAAAUAUUUUUGACAUGCAUCUCACAAAAUGGUACCUUUUGAGGGAGAAGGCCAGACGGUAGGCAGCAUCACCGGGCAUCAUGUAUUUGGGGGAAUUCAACAAUUCAUUCUGGAAGAUGUAAUAAUUCCAUAUUAGAUGUUAUAUUUUGUUGGAAUUCAAAAUUUGGAAAUGAAACCAGAUAACCUUGAAAGUGAUUGUAAAACUCAGGAAAUAACAUUCAGUUUCUGCCAUUGCCUCUCCAGAUGUCUCAGGUGCCUGAAGUUCAUAUGGAGUUUUGACUGCACAAGCACUUACAUCGGACUGCAGACUUUCAGCAUGUCACUCCAAAUAUGAGAUGAAAGUUUGAGGUCAGGCAUCAGUUGUCUGAAUCAUGUUAUUCUUUUUCAGGAUUCAUUUCUUUAGACAGAUAUUGAUUUUACUAAUUAAGUAGCUCAGUUUCCAAUAUUUGGAGCUUGUAAAAUGAUGGAGGCUAUUUUUCUUUUAAAGUGUUAUAUAUAUAUAUAUGAUAAGCUUGUAAAUGA